AUGCUGUCCCUGACAACAUCCAUCUUCGGCCUCUUAGCUGCAGUGCCGCUGGUCGCAGCGGGCUCAUCACCAAAUGUCCUCUACAAAGAUGUUGUGGUUGUGGGUGGCGGUGCCUCUGGUGCCUACGCUGCCGUUCGUAUCCGGGACGACUUUGGCAAAAGCAUCGCCCUCAUUGAGAAGCAGGAUAUCUUGGGUGGCAUGGUCGACUCGUACACCGAUCCCAAGACCGGCAAGCCCUAUAACUAUGGUGUGAUGACAUUCCUCGAAGCUGGAAACGCAACAGGCUUCUUCGAUCGCUUUGGCAUUCCCGUUGCAACCCCAUCGACCGUCAGCGUCUCCACGGACUACAUCGACUUCAAGACCGGAAAUCCUGUCAACUUCACACUGCCGCCGAUAGCAGACCAGAUGGCGGCGAUGGCCAAAUUCCUCGAGAUUGUGGAGCCGUGGGAGCAUCUCAUGCAACCUGGGUAUGGCAACUUCCCAGAGCCAGACGCAAUCCCGGAGGACCUUCUGAUCCCCUAUGGCGAUUUCAUCACCAAGUAUGGCUUGGAAGCCGCUAUCCCCCUGAUGUAUCAGUCUACCGGCCUGGGACUGGGCAACAUGGCGAAGGAAACUACCAUGUUCGUGCUGCAGGGUUUCGGGGCCUCCAUGGCGCGCGCGUUCGUGGGGAAGCAAAAUCAACUCGCGCCCUCCUCGGGUCGGAACCAGGACUUGUACGAUGCCAUCGCGGAGGAUCUCGCCGACGACGUUCUGUACUCCAGCACAGUAAUUGAGAGCCACCGCAGCAACUCCAGCGUCAUCCUCACGGUCAAGAACCACAAGACGGGUGAAACCACCCGGAUCCACGCUCGGCGUCUCUUGCUCGCCAUCGAGCCAACCGCAGCCAACAUGGCUCCGUUCGACCUGGACCGCAACGAGAAGAACGUUCUCUCCAGAUUCACCUACACCAACGAGUACACCGGUAUCGUGAACAACGCGGCCUUUGCCGUCAACCAAUCCUAUUUCAACCUGCCGCCAACCGCCGCGCCGAACAACUACCUCGCCCUGCCCGACGCAUCUUUCACAGCUCGCAUUGACUACAUCGGCGGCGACAACCUGUUCCGAGUAACCAUUGUCGGCAACAACACUCUCGACACGGCGGGUGCUAAGAGACUGGUCCAGAACGACUUCAACACACUGCUGCGCUCGGGUCGCCUGGCGGAGACGAGCGACGGCGAGCCGCUGAGCUGGGUGGACUUUGCCACCCACGGCCCCAUGCACGCGCGCGUUUCGGUCGCGGAUGUCAAGGCUGGCUUCUUCCAGAAGCUGAACGCUCUGCAGGGUGGUCGGUCGACCUGGUGGACUGGUGGUGCUUUUUCGGUUAACUUCCAGACGACGCUGUGGGAGUUUGACGAGCUUCUUUUCCCGGAACUCCUUCAGGGGCUGAACUAA